AUGAGCCGCCGCUGCGCGCUGGGCCUCAUCGCCUUGAGCAGCUUCGGCUUCGCCGUGCAGUCGCUCGUCGUCAAGGUGGCGACGCGCGGCCGCUUCGCGCCGAUGGAGGUCGUCUUCUUCCGCGGCUGGCUCCAGGCCCUCGGCUGCUGCGGCGCGCUGGCGUGCCACGGCCCCGUCGCGCGGCCGCCGGCGCGCUGGUUCGGCGACACGCGCACGGAGGUGAAGUGGCUCUGCGCGCGGGGCUUCGUCGGCUUCGGCGGCAUCUGCUUCAGCUUCAAGGCCGUGUCGAUGAUCGGCCUCGCGGAGUCGCAGGUCGUGGGCACCGUGUCGCCCGUCUUCGCGGCGGCCUACGCGCGCCUCUUCCUCGGCGAGCCCUGGCUCGCGCUCGAGAAGCUCGCGGCCGUCGUGAGCUUCGCGGGCGUGGCGCUCCAGUUCGGCCCGGAGUCGCUCGGCGCGCGCGGCGACGACCGGCGCCACGCGCUCGGGCUGGCCUACUCGCUCCUCGGCGCGGCGUCGGCCGCGGGCGCGCACGUGCUCGUGCGCCUGCUCGGGACGCGCAUCAAGGUCGACUGGCCCAUCCUGAUGCUCUAUCAGGCCAUGGGCCAGAUCUUGCUCUCCGGCGUCGCGCUCGUCGGCUUCGGCGAGCGGCCGCGCCUCGACCCGUCGCCGCUGCAGCUCGCCUACCUCGGCGCCUGCGGCUUCCUGGGCUUCUUCAGCCAGGUCUGCAUGACGCGGGGCAUGCAGCGCGAGAAGUCGGCGUCCGCGUCGAUCAUGCGCCUGUCGGGCCUCCCGUGGUCGUUCCUGUUCCAGGCCCUCGCGACGGCGGACGCCGUCGAGCCCCGCACCGUCGCCGGGGGGCUCAUCGUGCUCGUGGCCAUGGGCAUCGUGGUCUACGCGGCGCGCCGCAAGGCGCCGGCGGCGGCCGCGAAGCCCGUCGCCGAGUACGCGCCGGUGGAGGACAAGGACGGCGUCGAGCUCGCGGGGACCUUCGCCAUCGCGGACGACGACGACGACGACGACGGCGACGACGCCGCGCACCCGGGCGACGUCGAGGACGACGACCGGGGGGCGCUGGUCUAA